AUGGGGGACGGGCCACCAGCCGACGGCCUCGGGGCUCCCCGGGGGGAAGCGGGGCCGCCCGCCUGCAGCAGCCGGCCGGCGGCGGGGGAGAUGGAGAAAGCCGGCGGUUCCCCCUCGGCGGGCGGCAGCUACCCGCAGAAGAACGCCGAGAUCCUCAGCAGCCAGUACGGCAUCAACCUCUUCCUGGCCGGGCUGCUGCUCACCUUCGCCUGGGCCGUGCACGCCGUGGGCAUCAGCAAGAGCCACCUGCUCUCCUACCUCAUCACGCUGAUGCUCAUCCAGCUGCUGUGGAUGCUGUGGUACCUCUGCAGGAGCUGCACGCAGAGGAGGCUGAUCCGGGACAAGGACACGCACGCCGGAGCCCGCUGGCUGAAGUGUGGGAUUACAUUAUUUGCAGUGAUUACUUUAAUUCUGGACUCUUUUAAAAUUGGAUAUUAUAUUGAUUUUUCAAACUGUUUGUCACCAACUGAAGGCAUUUUUCCUGUUACGCAUGCCGUGCACACCAUCUUACAGGUGUACUUUCUUUGGUGUCAUGCAAAGGAUAUUAUCCAGUCUUUCAAAACACUUGAAAGGUUUGGGGUUAUCCAUUCUGUGUUCACAAAUUUACUCCUGUGGACAAAUGGAGUGUUAACAGAGUCAAAACAUCAACUGAAUGAGCAUAAGGAAAGACUAAUCACGCUUGGUUUUGGGAACAUAACAAUAGUUUUAGAUGAUCAUGCACCUCAAUGCAAUUGCACAACAACAACUCUCUGCUCGGUAUUUUCUCAGGGAAUAUAUUACCUAUAUCCCUUUAAUAUAGAGUACCACAUCCUAGCAUCCACGAUGUUGUAUGUCCUGUGGAAGAACAUUGGCCGCAAAGUCGAGCACCACCAGCAACACAAAACUCCAUUCAAAUUCCACGGCAUCACUGUUGGAAUGAUUUUUGGACUAAUCGUGUUAACUAGCACAAUAGCCAUAGUUGUUGUGUAUUUAAUUCAGAUUGGACGUUCGAAAAUCAAAAGCGAGUUAGCACUUACUAUGUUUUACCUGCAUGCUAUCUUUGUGUUGGCUCUCAUGUGUACAGCUGGAAUUGUUGCCCUUCUCAUCUACAGACUGGAAGAUAGAUCGUUGGAUAAUUCAAAAAAUCCUGCUCGAAAACUUGAUGCAGAACUGCUGGUGGGCACAGCCGCAGGGUCCUGGCUCCUCUCCUGGGGCUCGAUCCUCGCCAUUAUCUGUGCCCAAGCUCAUCCAAAAUACACAUGGUAUAACCUGCCCUACUCCAUCCUGGUUAUUAUUGAGAAAUAUAUUCAGAACCUCUUUAUCAUUGAAUCCAUACAUCGUGAGCAAGAAAAGGUGAAUGACGAUAUUAAAACUCUUCGAAUAGUGACUAUAUCUCGGGGGAGCACUUUAUCACUUACCCCCUCUUACAAAGAGAUUUACAACGGCAGAGCCGCUCGUGACAACGGGGAGGUACCCUGCCUGUUUAAGGGCAGUAUCUGUAGGAGAGAAAAUGAUGGUGGUGGUGGUGCCAAAGAAGAAACGAGUCAGGAAAAUAGUUUGGUCAUGCACUCAGCCUCAGAUUUUUCAUUUUACAGUAGCAGCUCAGUCACUAACAGCAAGAGGAGAAUUCUGAAGAACAUUGCUGCAUUUUUAUUCCUCUGCAACCUUUCGCUGUGGAUACCGCCGGCAUUCGGGUGCCGCCCGGAAUAUGACAAUGGACUAGAAGAAAUAGUUUUUGGCUUUGAACCCUGGAUAAUUGUUGUGAACCUUGCGAUGCCUUUUUCUAUUUUCUAUCGGAUGCAUUCAGCUGCCUCACUCUUUGAGGUCAAUUGUAAAACAUAG